GUACCUCCCGCCCACCUCCAAGUCAAAUUUCUACAACAUUUAUGAGACGCAAAGCGAUGCGGUACGGAGCUCAAUUUGGCAUCUGUAUGCAUACGGAGCCUCCGAACACAUUUUCAUUUCAAGCAUAAAUUGGCUUUUAAGGUUAGGGACGUCCCAAGGAUCCCGGGUAGCACUAACCGUAUUAUUAGUAAUGAAAACGCUGGUUGGCAGUCCUAUUCUAAAAUUAUACAGUAGCUCAAAUUUUCCGCUCAAGCGAACUUGUGUCGGAACUAUUACACUGUCGAAAUAGCUUCCACACGGAUGUAAAAGCGAGACAUUUCGUAUUUUGCAAACUUGGAGUAAACGUGGAUAUUAUUAACCUCAUUAUCAUACCAAACGUUUUCGGAUGUAACUGCAAGGAACACUCAAGAUGGAAAGACACAUCCGUGAAGCAAAAGGUCCCUCUCUUCCUCUCCCCUCUCUGCGGCUUAUGAUUCCUCCACUGCGGCUGGUCUCAGCAGCCAUCUGGCAAACGAUCCAGCAGAGACACGUGAUGGAUUAUGGGAUGCUGGAGGAGUUUGUUACCAUGGUUACAGAGAUGGUUCCAGAGCUUCUGAAUGACAGUCAGAGGGCCCAACUUAUUCUGGGUCUUCGAGCACGGCUGGUCCUGGAGUUGUGUCGCUCGAAGCCGAUCACAGACCUCCAGACCAUUCAGCCACACCUGGACAGGAUACAGAUCCUUAAACCUUUCUGGGGGACACAGGCUGAUGCAGAGGUAGGAUUAUCUGAAUCCAAUUUCCUUGGGCUGGUUCAAAGCCUUCUGAAAGACCCUGGCGAGAGGGAACAUUUCUUCCAGGAUGUUUUUCCUGUAGAAUUUGGUCCAAGUUAUGACGUAGGCAUACAGAAACUCAUGUGGCAAUUCCUUUCGAGACUGGAGAAGCUACUUCCUGUGUCAAACUUCCAACAGGCUGCCUUGCUGCUCAGUGACGUCCCCUCUGUUCUGGAGGAAUGUGUUGAGUCCAUAUCUCACCCUCAGCAGCUGAAAACCCUGCUUCAAUACCACAGAGAUCUCUGCAAGCUGGACAACCAUGACCCUCCAUCUUCCACCGAUGGGGACUGCAUUCUCUCAGCUCUCUGUCUUCCUCCUGUGGAAAGGGUGGUAAUUACAACAGAGGUGAAAAAAGAAGGAACACGUAUGGAUGUAAAAGAAAGAGAAGGGGUGGAUAGCAGAUCAGGGGAAUGUGAGAAAAACAAAACAUCCUCUGUUAGUGAUGAUGAGGAGGCGGAGGAUGAUGCAGAGUUUGCUGACCCAGAGACAGACAAGGUGGAACCAGAGUACGAAACAGUGAUGGGUAUAGGGGAAGAUGGUAUAGAGAAGCCUUUUAAACUAAUCAAAACACAAGAAGAAACCCAUUAUGAAAAAUUCAGAAAAAAGCCCAAACCUGAACAAAAGAGAAACAUAGGCAUGUCUAAAGAAAUCAGAUUCUCCAUGAUACAAAAACCCUCGGUGGACCUACAAGGGAUUGUCAUCGCUGACAUGACACAGACCCCCAAAUCAAAUCAACAGGUCCCAAGAGCCAAAAGGUCCUUGGAGCGUAGGACAUGCAAGUUGUGCGGUAAGGUCGUACAGCGUCCUGCAGUCUUGAGGAAACACAUGUUGACUCACACUGGUGACUGGCCCUAUCAAUGUCCUACCUGUAAGCAGAUUUACAAGGCCUUGGGAAGCUUCCAAGAACAUACUGAAAGAUGUGUCUUUCCUAUUGAGGAAACACCUGAGGACAAUGAGUCAUCCAUAUCAGUGAUGCAAUACAAGGGUCUGAUGUUGAAGAAAAUUUUACCACGUCCGCAAGGACAAAAAGCAGGCCCAAAUGAAAAAAAACUCAAACGCAUUGUCUGCAAGACAUGUCCUGUUUGUGGGAAGACUUUUGCAACAGGUUCAAGCAUGAAGCGGCAUCAGAUUAUCCACACUGAGCCCAAAAAGUGCAGAGUGUGCGAACACAUCUUCCCUAACUCUUCCGAACUGAAGAUCCACAUGGAGUCCCAUCCGAAAAAAGGAAUCCAUCAAUGUAGUAACUGUGAGAGGACCUUCAAGCACGAUUACAGUGUGAAGGCUCAUGAAGAGGCUUGUCUUUUUCUGAGUCGUCAACAAGGGGAGCUUGGAGAGAGCCGUGGUCCUCCAGCUACGGGGCAGACAGACCCAGGGCCAUCAGGCAGUACACACCAGCAGAGCAUGACAUGUGAAGCAGGAAUCAUACAACUCUCUGCAACUCUGAGCAAACAGAAUUCUGCCUUCACCUACAUGCAUUCUGUGGAGGGGUCAUCAGCGAGAGCAAAAAGGUCUCUGGAGCGUAGGACAUGCAAGGUGUGCGGUAAGGUCGUACAGCGUCCUGCAGUUCUGAGGAAACACAUGGUGACCCACACUGGUGACUGGCCCUAUCGAUGUCCCACCUGUAAGAAGAUUUACAAGACCUUGAGAAGCUUCCAGGAACAUAUUGAAAGAUGUGUCUUUCCUAUUGAGGAAACACCUGAGGACAGUGAGUCGUCCUCCACCAAUGCAACCAAACACCCAUCUUCCACCCCGGAACCAAACACACCUAUAGGAUCAUCCAAACGCUGUGCAAGGUGUCCUAUUUGCCAUAAAUUUAUAUCGGGAUACCUGAGAUAUCACAUUCUCUCUCACUCAGAUGAGCGCCCACACGCUUGCCCCCGUUGUGGGUCGAAAUACAAGUUCGACUUUGUUUUGAGGAGGCACAUGAGACUGUUCUGCAAGGUGAGGAAGGGUGAACCUGUUGAAUUAGGGGAAAAGAAAGUCCAUAAGUGUAAUGAAUGUGGGAAGGAAUUCGGGCUAAAAUCCACACUGACAGCACACAAACGCAUCCACAACCCGCUCCGCUGUGCCUAUUGCCGAAGGAUGUUCCCAGACCAAGAAACGCUUGCAAUUCACAAGGUAGAGCACAAACCGGUUCAAUGCACCAUGUGUGAGAAGAGCUUCAAUGUGAUAAGAUACCUCUCCAGACACUACGUGGAUGACCAUCAGUUCAGCGGGCCAUUCCGCUGCACCUACUGUGAGAGAAGCUAUGCCGAGUUAUCUGUCUUCGUACGACACGAGAGGACACACACCGGGGAUCUUCCAUAUAAGUGCUCCCACUGUCCCAAGAAGUUCCAUUUUGAAACUGCUCUUGUGACACACCAGAGAACGCACACAGGAGAGAAACCGUGCCUUUGCUGGGAGUGUGGAAAGAGCUUCCAAUCCAAGGGGAUUCUGAAAACGCACAUGAAUCGUGUUCACACUCCUCAGGUGAAACGUUUCCCUUGUUCCCAGUGUAACAAAGCUUUCAGGGACAAAGGUCAAAUGAAGAUGCAUGAGAAUGUUUACCACAAAGGGGUGCGUUACCCGUGCUCCUACUGCGGUAAGGGAUUCUUUAGCCCUGCCCCAUUGGCGAGACACGUAUUGAUUCACACAGGGGAGAAUCCUUAUUCCUGCACAUAUAAGGAAUGUACCAGAGUUUUCAAAUCUGCAUCUGAACUGAGGAUACACGUGAGAUACCAUACUGGAGACCGGCCAUUCAAGUGCAAGGACUGUGGGAAGGGUUUUGUUCAAGCCCAUUAUCUCACCAUACACCGGCGAAGUCAUACCGGGGAGAAACCGUAUUCGUGUCUCACCUGCAACAAGUCCUUCAGCACCUCCCAUCAGUUGAGCAGACACAUGAAAACGCACACAGGAGAGAAGCCUUACCAAUGUACGGAUUGUGGGAAAGCUUUCAAUCGUAGAGACCGUUUGCGGACUCAUCAAGAUAAAUGCCAUCCAGCUUUUUAGUUAAAGUUAAGAUCCUUUGUUCUCAAUGUUCUAUAAAUGCGGAUUUGUGUUUUGCAAUUGUUGUAAAUUAACUGCUUAUGUAGCCAGUACAUGACAGCCUAAACUCACCAUGCCUAGCAACCUUACCAUGUACGUUUUUUGUUUGUUGCUAUGGCUGUAAUGACUACUUUCUCCUUCUGGGAUUAAUAAAGUACAAUCAACACCCACCUCUUCUCAUUCAGUCAAGUGUUUUCCGUAAAAUCUUUAUUUGUGGUGGCAACAGCAUGCAAAAGAACUCAGUAAAAAAAAAAAAAAAUAGGAAUGAUCUGCAUGUGAGGCCAAAUAAGUAAAGGCAGAUGUCUGGUUACAAUU